UCCUUUUUUUGUGUACUUCACUGUCAUGUUUGUGUACAUCUGCAGAACUAUAUUUAAUCAGUCACGGAGCUCAUGUGUGUUGGCUAUAACAGAGACUGGAACACCGCGCGCUGACUAGAGACAGAGAGAGGCUCUUCAUGAAGGAGAACCCGCUGACUUACAUAAAACACUACUGAUUUGUGGACUAGCCUAGGCUAGUACAUCGCCUUCAGCCCCUCAUUGAUUGAAGACGCAACAGCGAGGAGGCGUUUGCGAGGUAUGGAUGAUUGUUUGUGUAUGGGGUCCGGCUAAGGGCCGCCGUUGCCCUGGCGUGUGCCCCCUGUUGGCUCAGCCACCAGCAUGUACCGCAGAAACGGCCUUUCGGAUGGUGCCAGUAUCAGCUCCGCCUCCUCAGAGGGUACUAGCAGCUUGCUGUCGCUGGACGGGCCGAGUGGCGACUAUGCCAAAAGCUAUGAUGCGGUUGUGUUUGAUGUGCUAAAGGUGACACCGGAGGAGUUUGCGAGCCAAAUUACAUUGAUGGACGCACCUGUGUUUAAGGCCAUUCAGCCAGAGGAGCUGGCUAGUUGUGGCUGGAACAGGAAAGAGAAACACAUCCUGGCACCCAAUGUAGUGGCCUUCACACGCAGGUUCAACCAGGUGAGCUUCUGGUUGGUGAGAGAAAUCCUCACAGCUCAGACACUGAAGAUCCGUGCUGAAAUCCUGACCCACUUUGUAAAAAUCGCAAAGAAACUGCUGGAGCUGAACAACCUUCACUCUCUGGUGUCUGUAGUCUCGGCUCUGCAGAGUGCUCCCAUCUUCAGACUGAGCAAGACCUGGGCGCUGAUAAGCCGUAAGGACAAGGCAACUUUUGAGAAGCUUGAUUUCCUGACCUCAAAGGAGGAGAACUACACCCGUAUGAGAGAGUACAUCAGGUCCCUCAAGAUGGUGCCCUGCAUCCCCUAUCUGGGUAUUUACUUGUUGGACAUGAUCUACAUUGACUCCGCCUAUCCUGCAUCUGACAGCAUCAUUGAGACUGAGCAGAGAAGAAAUCAAAUGAACAAUCUUCUGAGAGUGAUCUCUGACCUGCAGAUGUCCUGCAAUUACGAUCACCUCGUGACCCUCCCCCAUGUGCAAAAGUACUUGAUGUCUGUGCGCUACAUUGAGGAGCUUCAGAAGUUUGUGGAAGACGACAACUUCAAGAUUUCGUUGAAGAUAGAACCUGGGAACAGUUCACCGUGCAUGGCCUCCUCCAAAGAAGACCUUGCAGACAUGUCACUUUCUGUGAGGUACAGUCGUCGGCCUACCUGCCCUGAUGCCACAGUGGGGGUCCGCAUGCCCACCCCUCCGCCAUCACGCCACAGAAAGAGCCAUAGUGUGGGCAACAAUAUGAUGUGGCAGUUUGGCAUGGUGGAGAGUAAAAGUGCCACAUUUCCUGUGGAGAAACCACGGCAUCUGCUCGACGACAGCUUCUUAGAGUCUCAGAGUCCAGCCAGACACAACCCCAACAACUCUUCAGUGUCCAAUGGCAUAUCAAUAGGAAGCAGUGAGAGUUCAUUCUGUGAGGAUCUCUCCACAAGAGUAGAAAGGGGGCGCAUGUAUGCCACACUUGGCCCCAACUGGAGGGUUCCUCUCCGCAACUCCCCCAGAAGUCGCAGCUAUGCCUGCAGUGCGUCAGCAGUGCAACCCGGCCGAGGCCAUGGGGAGAUAGGUGGUAUCGCUAUGGAGGGUCCUCUAAAGAGGAAGACCCUGCUGAAAGAGGGCCGAAAGCCAAAGCUUUCAUCCUGGACACGGUAUUGGAUCACACUCUCGGGCUCUACUUUGACUUUCUAUGGAGCCAAAGCACUUCGAGGCACAGAAAGAAAACAUUACAAAUCCACACCCUGUAAAAAAGUGUGUGUGCUGGGCUGGAUGGUGGUCUUGCCAGAUGAUCCAACACGACCCAAUAUCUUCCAGCUGAAUGAUGCAGACAAAGGAAAUGUUUACAAGUUUCAGACAGGGUCCCGAUUCUCUGCAAUCCUCUGGCAUAAACACUUGGAGGAGGCUUGUCAGAGCAACAAACCGCAGACACCAGCCAAUCUCAUGUCAUUCGAGUAAGAGCCCUCGCUCAAGCCUUAAAAUGUGAAAAAGUGCCAAAGCUCUCUCCAUGUGGGAUAGGAGGAAUAAGUCUGCGAAGAAGAGAAAAAAGAACUGACCAGGAGUGUCCACUGAGCCAAAGUUCCGCUGCUUACAUGGACUUUUCCUCUGGCCUGGCGAAGGCUCCUCAGCCUCAGGGCUAGGCAGAACUUGUCUGUCUUGCACUGGGAAACAAGGUGGAAUACUCUAGGCUAUGUGGAGGUACUGGCUGUACUGUACUGUAACAGUGAACACUUUCCUCCCCAUCCCCUGCCUUAUCUGGAAGCUUUUUUUGUUCUGUAGUGUCCUUGUCUUGCUACCAUGAACAUAUUUUUUAGCCCAUGUUGGGUUUGUUUAUAUGUUGGGAGUAUAGGUUGUGCACACAAAUAGUCUACACUAGAAGUAAGCACUGUUAUUGGACUAGAGAUGGGAAAAGACAGUACGGUGCUGUCCUUGUUUUCGGAGGCCUUACCUAGCCACACGAGAAGAACUACAGGGAGGCUGAUUCUGUUUUAUAUUCUACUACUGUAAGGGUAAAGAGCCACUGCUAGCACUCAGAGCCAUAGAUGCACAAAGCACAGCUGGGUCACCUGUUGCCAUACUGGCUUUGACUGAUGUAAUUCAUAGGCUAAUACCUUUAGUAGAUCUGUAAAGAAACAGAACGUUGCUCAUUGGUGGCCAUUUUCAGAAUGUGAUAUAUGUUCUGUAGGGCUGGCCCGAAUGAUUUGAAUACUCAAGUAUUCGUUCAUUAAGUUGGUAUUUGAUUCACUAUUGAGUAUUCAGAUAUCUGUCAAAAGUUGUGGUUAAAACUACAAUACAUUUCAUCAAAAUGGGCCUUUAUGUUGUUGCUGUCACUCAAAAACCUUGUGUCUUAAUUUCUGUCAUUUUUACUGUUCUAUAUAAGUUACCUUUUGCAUUGUUCUGGCGGUGGAAUACCAGCACUGCUAUGUUGUGGGUGCUCCCAGCCAGAGGAGUCUGGUGUGGGGGUGAAAUUCAGUCUAGCUAGCAGACAAAGAGCUGAAGUGAUCACAGUAUCAGUGGUCCCUUGACUUGAAAAGUGCCCUCCGUGCACUUUACUAGCCAAGUGGGACACCUCUCGAGCUGCUUCUAGGUCCAUCCUGUCCACGUUCAGAUUGCAUCUUCAAAAGCUCCUCAAUCCUCUGCUCUACUCUUUGUAGCUCAGCUAUGACUGAGCUCAACUUGGCCUGGGUGUCACCCCCACUAUGGCUUUCAAUGCUAAAAAAAUGGUGAACAAGCCAAAUAACAUAAGAAAAUCAACUAACUAAAACCAAGUAACACCGUGAUGGUCAUAAAUAAAACAAUCAUUCUUAUACGGUACACCCUUAGCAUCUGCUCGACUCAUAAAAUGUAUUUGAGCGAGAGGACUUCCAUUGUGGCUUCUAUGGCAGACAAUGCGAGCAGCUGGGCUUCAGUCUGACUAUUAUUACAUUAUUGCCACCUACUGGUUAUACUUUGAGCUGCUUAAAUAAACAUACUUAAAAUUAUAGUUAAUUGUGUAAAAUAACUCAUUUUAAUCAUUUUAAAGGGUGAUUUUGAGAAUAAAUAUUUGAGUAGUUGUUAAAAAAUGCCAGCGAGUAUUUAAAAAUUUCGGGCCAGCCCUAAUGUCCUGUUUUUGAAGGCUGAAACAUCUAAAAAUCCACUCACAUGACCUGUGGGUCAUAAAUUAUUUCUCAGUGCAUUAAAUAACAUAAACCAAGAGUUGAAGACUGUCCAAUAGGAGUGUCCCUUUGCUCUCAGCUCCUACUUGGACCUGUUUGCUUGAGCCUAAGGAAAAACUCCAUUGUUUUUGAUGCUAAUCUCUGUCUGCCACAUCUGUACUGGACAUCUGUACCACAGACAGCAAUUUCAGCUUAUACUGAGGAAAUAACUGCAAAGCCCUCGACUCAGAACACACAAUUCAGCAGAAGCUGUUGGGCAGUUGCUUCAGCCACUUCAGACAGGUUUUGAGUUAUUUUACAGGGAAACGUGUCAAAACUAUUGUCUGUAAUCAGGUGUAUGAUACAGAUGUGACAGAUAGAGAUUAGGUAAAAUAAAAAAGGGAACUAUCAAAGUUAGUGGACAAAUUGUUUGACUAUAGUUUACAUCAGUGAUAUUUAACCCUGUCCUCAGCAUCCACAUAUAAUAUUGAACAAAGUCAGAGACCACCCUUCAUGUGUUUAAUUUCCAGUCACAGUGGCUGUUAAGUACAAGUUGUUCAUUUUCCAUCAUCAGCAAAUACAUAUUUAACAGAAAAUUACACUCAACAACUAAAUGUAAUUUUUUUUCAGUAUCUGGUGUGUCCACCCUUUUCCUCCAUUACAGAUUCCAUUCUUUUCUGUAGUCUUGCUUUCAGUUUUUCAAAGAAAUCUGUAAGGAUAUUUUUCUACACCUCCAA